AUGGGAGAUUAUGUUUUUCUCAAAGUUACGCCACAUAAAGGGAUUUUCAGAUUUGGAAAAACAAUAGGGAAAUUGGCUCCAAGGUACAUUGGUCCCUUUGAGAUCAUUCAAAGGGUAUGUGAAGAAGCAUACCGAUUGGCUUUGCCACUUCAGUUUUCUCAUGUGCAUGACGUCUUCCACGUCUCUAUGCUACGAAAAUAUCACCCGGACCCCUCCCAUGUUGUGGAAUGGCACAACUUGCCUUUAAAGGAGGACGCAUCCUACAUUGAACAACCCAUUCAAGUGUUGGAUCGGAAGGAGAAGGUCUUACGCAACAAGACCAUUUCAUUGGUGAAAGUUUUGUGGCGACACCAUGAUGUAGAGGAGGCAACAUGGGAGAUAGAAUCUGAUAUACGAAUAAGAUUUAUGCAUCUCUUCAAAGAUUCAGGUACAUGA